ACUACUGAAUCUACGAACGGUCCAGUUUGGUCCAUCAAAAACCUACAAUUUUUCAUAUAUCUAAGACAUAAUUUUUAUGAAUAAAUAAGCCGGGCCGAAGAAGCAUGUCGUUCUAAGUAUUUUUGAGUUCACCGGACAGCUUUAAACAUGACAGAAGUGGAAAGACGACCGGAGGAUGUCGGGGAGAUCUUGGUGAAGGUACAAGAAGAUCUGCAACAUCUGAAAGAACAUCUCCUGCAAAAAAGCCUGUCAGACGGUCACAGAGACGUGCUUGACAUUACAGCCUUGCAGAAUGCCAUCCAGAAAACAGAAGAAGGAAUCAAGGUCCAGUCUGAGAGGAUCAUUCAAGUUGUCAAUAACCGAGUCACAACACUGCCCUCUGUUGACGCGUCUAAGGGAAAAUCGGUCGAGCCGUCAUCAUACUCACAGGAGUCUGUAUUCGAUCUCGGUGGACUUGGAUCUGAUCUACCUUUGAGAAGAAUCAGUAACAAAGGGAUUGUAGACAGGAAGUUGAUAGCCCGCUAUACAGCAGUUGAUCCAGUGGGUGGUGGAGGACCACACGGCCCAUCACCAGGCCAACAGGCCAAGUUACAGUACAGCCUAAAAGCAAUAACCGAUCCAACGAGUACUCAGAACAGGAAAGCAGUCAGUGAGAACUAUGGAGUGUCACUUCCAGUCAUUGUAGACAGGAGACAACACAAGGUUCCAACACAGAAAGUUGUAAUGGGUUCCAACGUGGAUCACUUGGCUGUCUUACCGAGAGCAAACAGAGUGGACCCCCAGUUGAUACCACCACCCAUCACAGAGAAGGAUGCCAGAAAGGGAAUUCUGAGCCUAAUGGAGAGGGGUCUCAUACCCCCUGCUGCCGAGUUGACCCUCGACCCCAGCCCAGUCAGACAGAAGCUGGUGACCUUACAUGACCCACAGGACAAAAAAGACAUUCCUAAAGGACCCCCUGGAAGUUUUGGAGAUGGUAGCUACAACAUAGCAUCAGUCAAACUAGACCUUGACCCUUACCCUCUUGAGACCAUGGCCGUCAUGAAACCACAGAUCAUGAGACGACCAAUAUCCAGCAGUGAUGCAGAUCCGAUAUGGGCCUCACCAAGGUCUGGGGCAGCUUCAGCCAAAUCCAAUAAGUCCCUGGUACCCGUCAGGAACAUGGAGCCGCUGCCGCCUCCCACAACGCCCGCCAGUGAAUUUAAGCAUCUCCACCACCGCUUUGCCAUCCAGCACGGCAAACUACGAGAGGCGUCCAAAGACUUCUUAGCUUUCAAGCAGCAUUACUGCUUAUCUUGGGGCAAUAUCGUGACCAUGUUGAGACAUCUAGAGAGACUGCUCACUAACUACGCUGUGCCUCUGGCUUUUGUCAGCGGAGACAAAUUAGCUGAUUUAGCAGUGGAGUUUGAGCUGGACAAGCCUCCUACAACCAAGGCCCUUCUAGGUGUCGUACUAAACAUCGACGAUGUCAUGGCCCUCAUUAAUCGGCCCGGUCGGAGGUUUCUGGGACCGGACGGAGAUGAUGUCGCAGCCACAAAGAUCCAAGCGACGUUUAGACGCUACAAAGACCGGGCGUUGUACCUGGAGUACCGGAGGAAGAAGUGGGCUGCGGGGGUGAUUGCCAUCUCGUGGGUUAUGCAUGUCAAGAUGGCUAAGGUCAGGAAACAGCUCAAGGAGACGAGACGCAUUCAGCUGGACGAAUUCAGGAGGAAAUCCAAGGAGUUUGCGUCAUCCUGGGAGCGAAUUCAGAAGAAUCGCCGAGUUAUCAUCCACAUUCCAUCCCUCGGCUACUCCCACAAGAUCAGAACGACUAUCGGAGAUUUCAAUAUCCAGCAGAAUCAGCAGAUGGCAAGGUUAUGCGACUUACAGGAUCCCAACGUGGAGGUGAUCUACGUAUCGCCGGUCAACAUCAACGAUGAGACUCUCCAGUAUUACAACAAGCUGCUUGGACUCAGGCCGGCUGUAGAGAGCGGCAAUGUGGAAGAUCAGAAAGAUAUGUCGGAUCGGUUCAAGAUCAUCGUACCUGAGGCCAUCAAUAGCUUCCCUACUCACAGUAUGUGUCUUUCAACGUUACUGAAGUACAGUCCUCGAGCAUUGCAGAGAAUACGCAAUCUGAUCGCGGGGAAGGAGGCGUACAUUGUACCCGGAGUGAUGCACAAGGAUGAUCUUUCCCUAGCUGAUGAACUGAAUUUGCCAAUACUGGGAUGUGAACCAGAGGUUUCUCAUCUCUACUCCACCAAAUCAGGCUCCAAGAGAAUCUUUGUCAGUGCAAAUGUUGACGUUCCGCCGUCAGAUUAUGAUGUCUACAGUUCAGAACAGCUUCACGAGAGUCUUGCCCAACUGGUAACCGACAACCUGGACGUCAAACGCUACCUGUUUAAGCUGGACGACGAGUUUGACGGGCGGGGUAUUGCCUACUGUGACAUCACACCGCAUCUGAGAUGCCACGCCUGGGCCAAGAAAGAAGCUGCUCGAUACGGGGAGAAGUGGUCCAAGAAGUGGGCACAGGAGCCAGCUUAUAUAAAGAUCCAUGCUGAGAUAGCAGAUAUUCUUGCCACUAAUGCCACACCAGUCAACAAGAAACUGUUCCCGACAUGGGCGAAAUUCCUGGAAGCGUUUCUUAGUCAAGGGGGUGUAAUAGAAGCCUGUCCCCCCUCUGAGAGUGUAACGGCCAUCACAGUCAACAUCCUGAUCGCACCUGACAACAGAGUGACGCUAAUCUCCUCCGGGGAUCAGAUUCACGCCCAUAGUCCCUUCCACAGCUGGGGAUUAUCCGUCCCUCAAUCCUCUGUUGAUCCGGUCCCGUUGAAUCAGGCGUGCGCUAAGAUCGCUAAGAGUUGUUUACAACGAAGCGUCAUGGGAUACAUCACCGUUGAUCUGGUCACGUUUAUUGAUCCUACCACGAGAGAACAAAAGCUGUGGGCCGUGGACCUUAACCUCUGGUACGAUGACACCGUCUCCUUAACGAGUCUCAUGCUGUAUGUGACUGGAGGAGUGCUGAAUAAUAAGACGUGCGAGUUUCACGUACCGCCUCCUAAGAAGGAACGGAAGAAGAGUAUCAGAAGGAGAUAUGAAGACCUAGAGCCUGAGGAACCUCCCAAUACGAAUCGCUAUGCGGUAAUGAGCACCCGCCUCUUACAUACCAACCUUGCAGUGGUUCACUACAGUGUCUUCUUUCAGAUGUGCCGAGCGCAUGGCAUUGGCUUUGAUAUAAAGGAAAAGCAAGGCACAGCGUUUACGUUGAUAGACAGUUACAAGCGAGAAGGUAUCGGGAUGAUGACAGUGGGAGAAGAGCUUCAAGGAACUCUAGCGUCAUUCGCUCGGAAUCUCUCCGUCAUUCAUCAAGAGAUAUCGGCACCCAAUAUGCAGGGCACGUCAAACUUCAAGGCUGUGAUUGAAGAUAUCGAGGGGAUCCUUGGUACGACUAUCCAGAACAUGGAUCGACCGGAGGACGAGCUACAAGAAGUCAACUAGGUCAUCCCCUCAUCUUGAAAAGCUUCCCUAGAAUGUCCCUUCCCACCAUCCUCCCACCGACACAUUCAUCCUUCCAUAACAAUUUGUAAAUCUUCUGAUAUUUUACAUGGGUGUUUUUAACGCACCAGGCAAGUGCCUUUAAAAACUUUUACUGCACCUCGGUUCUCUCCCGUGCCAGGAGUUUUUGUGAGCCGUUCCGAUUUCCCUCUCCGGAAAAAU